GCUCGUGCCCCAGCUGGUUUGGAGGAAGGAGCCGGAGCGAGGCUCCCCUCCCAGCAAUCUGCCACGAGCAACCGGGACCCGCUGCCGCGAUUCGCGUGUUGCCUGGCGUCACGUGGACCUAGCGGGUCUGGGGGCCGCUCCAGCUUGGCUACAGCUGACUGGCGCACGCUGCAGCCGCAGCUCUGCAAUUCUCACUGCUGCACCUCCAGCCAGCCAGCGGGAUUUAAAUGUCACUCAAAACAUCCUCAAAUCAGUUUUCUGCUCGUCUCUGCUUUCUUCCGAAGCAUUAAUUCGGCCCAACACUGCAUUUCAGCUGCUCUGGUGUUUUACUCAGAAAGGAAAUUUGCUCCAUCUCCAGCAGCAACCACUGCUCCUUUUGAUGUUGUGGUACGCCGUGCGCAUGCGCCUCACAUUAGAAUUACUGCACUGGCCAGAAUAAGUUGGAUCUCUUCUCCUCUUCACUGAAACCCUAAAUCAUAUCAAAAGCUAAAGGGAUGUUGAGAGUCCGGAAAAGGGGCUACUUUGGAAUUUGGUCAUUCUUCUUAAUAAUAGCCAUGGUGUGUGCACAGAGUGUCAAUGACCCUAGCAAUAUGUCGCUGGUAAAAGAGACCGUGGAUAGACUGCUGAAAGGCUAUGACAUUCGCCUGAGGCCAGAUUUUGGAGGUCCCCCAGUGGCUGUUGGCAUGAACAUAGACAUUGCCAGCAUAGACAUGGUAUCAGAAGUCAAUAUGGACUAUACUUUGACAAUGUACUUUCAGCAAGCAUGGAGGGAUAAGAGGCUGUCGUAUAAUGUAAUACCUUUAAAUCUUACACUGGACAAUAGAGUAGCUGAUCAGCUUUGGGUUCCUGAUACCUACUUCUUGAAUGACAAGAAAUCAUUCGUACAUGGGGUCACUGUGAAGAACAGAAUGAUUCGUUUGCAUCCAGAUGGAACAGUCCUCUAUGGUCUCAGAAUUACAACAACAGCUGCUUGUAUGAUGGAUCUACGAAGAUACCCGCUGGAUGAACAAAACUGCACACUGGAGAUUGAGAGCUAUGGCUACACAACAGAUGACAUUGAAUUUUACUGGCGUGGGGGUGAUAAUGCAGUCACAGGAGUGACAAAGAUUGAACUGCCACAAUUCUCCAUUGUAGACUUCAGGCUUGUCACCAAGAAUGUUGUUUUCUCUACAGGUGCCUACCCAAGGCUGUCUCUCAGCUUUAAACUUAAGAGAAACAUUGGCUACUUCAUUCUGCAGACCUACAUGCCUUCCAUUCUGAUCACUAUCCUCUCCUGGGUUUCAUUCUGGAUUAAUUAUGAUGCCUCAGCUGCAAGAGUUGCUUUAGGAAUCACAACUGUGCUCACUAUGACAACGAUCAAUACCCAUCUUCGAGAGACUCUUCCCAAAAUUCCCUAUGUGAAAGCCAUUGACAUGUAUCUGAUGGGAUGCUUUGUCUUCGUUUUUAUGGCCCUGCUGGAAUAUGCAUUGGUCAACUACAUCUUCUUUGGCAGGGGACCCCAACGUCAAAAGAAAGCGGCAGAAAAAGCUGCCAGUGCCAACAAUGAGAAGUUGCGAAUGGAUGUCAAUAAGAUGGAUCCACAUGAAAACAUUUUGUUGAGCACACUUGAAAUUAAAAAUGAGAUGGCUGCCUCCGAGGCUGUUAUGGGGCUUGGGGACCCUAGAAGCACUAUGCUGGCCUACGAUACUUCAAGCAUCCAGUACCGGAAAGCUGGCUUGCCCAGACACAGCUUUGGUCGCAAUGCCCUGGAGCGACAUGUGGCACAAAAGAAAAGUAGGCUACGGAGACGUGCCUCUCAACUGAAAAUUAACAUCCCUGACUUGACUGAUGUAAAUGCCAUAGAUCGAUGGUCACGCAUAUUCUUCCCUGUUGUUUUUUCCUUCUUCAAUAUUGUCUAUUGGCUUUACUAUGUGAACUAAAAAACAAAGCCACACAGAAAGCAAGAACUGGAUUUCUCUUCAAUUUGGUUGUACAGCCAAAAGUGGGACUUAGAAAAAUUCUAUUCAGGACAAAAGUUACUUUAAAACACCUUAGUUGCUGGCCCACUCUACGGUCUGUUUUAUAAUGUUUCGGUUGCUUCUGCUAAGUCAUAAACACAUUCUUAGUUACAGUAGAAACCUGU